AUGUCUAAAGUGAAGAAUCUAAUUGCCAAAAUGUUGCAGCGACGCAACAAGUGCAACAGCAGCGGCAGCAUCAGCACUCAUAGCAAUAACAACACUUAUUGCCAACACUAUGAGAGUCUGGAGGAGAUAGCACAGAAUCUGGCUAACGAGCGCAUGUUACAAGAGACAGAAAUGGCCACACAGCAAUUGCUCUUCUGCCUGGAAACCGCAGACGGUUGCUUUUAUUGGCAUGCACAGUAGCAGCAGCAACCACAGCAUCAGCAGCAGCAGCAACACAGCAGCAACAACAACAACAACCGGUAGUUAGAAGCGGUCAAAUGAAUGAAUGAAUGAAAACAGUUCUUCAAUGGAGCUACCCACCAAGACAACCAGUCAGUCAGUGAGCUAGUGAGCCAGCCACAAAAUGCGAAACGAGUUGCAUGCAACAAAGAAGGAGCAAAUGAGGAACUAGUUGUCAAUGCAACCAGCAAUCAACGGCAGCAUCAAUGCCACUGACAACGUCUUUUGUGGCAAGGUGUUAAUUAAAUAUUUAAUUCCAACUUAUGCCAAGCUUAAAUACCUUGUGAUAUACUAGUAUGUUCUCUUACACAUGCUCAGAAUCUAUUAAUGUUUAGUUCAUAGUGCCAUUAGCAUAAAUGUUGUUACCGUAU